ACUACCAAUGGGAAAGGACCAGGCCAACGUUAAGGGUUGCCGCUUCCGCGUCUCCGUUGCCCUUCCAGUGGGUGCUGUUGUGAACUGCGCUGACAACACCGGUGCAAAGAACUUGUACAUCAUCUCCGUGAAGGGUUAUCAUGGUCGUCUGAACCGUCUGCCCGCCGCUGCUCUCGGCGAUAUGGUGAUGGCCUCCGUGAAGAAGGGUAAGCCAGAGCUCCGCCGCAAGGUGUUGAACGCCGUUAUCAUUCGUCAGCGCAAGAGCUGGCGCCGUAAGGAUGGUACCGUGAUCUACUUUGAGGACAAUGCGGGCGUUAUUGUUAACCCCAAGGGUGAAAUGAAGGGUUCCGGUAUUGCGGGUCCCGUCGCGAAGGAGGCGGCCGAUCUCUGGCCAAAGAUCUCCACGCACGCCCCCGCUAUUGUGUAA